GAGGCGGGGCAUGCGCUGUGCGUGCGGGUUUGAACUGCUGCUGCUGCUGCGGCUGCGCAAUGGCAAUGGCGGGCGGCCGGGAGCACGUCGAGCUGAUUCGCAACCGAGUGGUUCUCAAGGAGUUCAGUGUCCACAAUGUCCACACCACCGACUUUCCCGGGAACUACCCCGGCUACGAUGACACGUGGAGCCAGCGUCGCUUCGAGAAGAAUUUCAGGAUUGACAUUUUACAAAUGGAGGAAGACACUUUGGAGUUUGACAUGAUUGGAAUUGAUGCCGCUAUUGCAAAUGCCUUCCGCCGCAUCUUGCUUGCUGAGGUCCCAACCAUGGCUGUGGAGAAGGCAUUUAUCUACAACAACACCUCCAUUGUUCAGGAUGAAAUCUUGGCGCACAGACUGGGCCUCAUCCCCAUCAAAGCAGACCCACGACUAUUUGAGUACAGGAGCACAGGGGAUGAAGAGGGAACAGAGAUUGACACACUACAUUUCCACCUGAAGGUGAGGUGUACCAAAAACCCUAAAGCACUGAAAGACUCUUCAGACCCUGAAGAACUGUACUUAAAUCAUAAAGUCUAUUCCAAGCACUUGAAGUGGGUGCCCAUUGGGAAUCAGGCGGAUCUCUUCGGGCAGGUUGAAAUCCGACCUGUACACAAUGAUAUCCUUAUCGCUCAACUCCGCCCAGGGCAGGAAAUCGAUGUGGUCGUGCACUGUGUAAAAGGAAUUGCAAAAGACCAUGCCAAGUUCUCUCCUGUUGCCACAGCAAGCUAUCGACUUCUACCUGAAAUAACUCUACUGGGUCCUGUAGAAGAGGAACUGGCAGAUAAAUUAAAGCAGUGCUUCUCUCCUGGUGUCAUUGAGGUUGAGACUGUGAAUGGAAGAAAAUUUGCCACAGUUGUGAACUCUCGUUUGGACACCUGCAGUCGGGAGAUAUUCCGGCAUGAUGACCUUAAAAACCUUGUCCGUCUUGGUAGAGUUCGAGAUCAUUACAUCUUUUCAGUAGAAUCAACUGGAAUUCUUCCACCAGACGUGUUAGUGUCUGAAGCCAUGAAAGUCCUGAUAACAAAAUGUAGAAGAUUUCUGAAUGAACUGGAUGCGGUACAAGUAGACUGAGCUUCACACUUGUUGACUGGCUUUGGUGGCUCUGGACAAUGGGAAUGGUGUGCUCCUUCCUGAGCACCCAUUGAAUCUGACAGAACUGGAGAGUCACUGACUUGGUUUAGCGAUGAUCUCCCUGCACUGCAAAUUAAUGGGAGGACAAUGACAAUUACACUGAUUGUCUGAUAAUGGUCCAUAAUUUCAAUACAAAUAAAAAUAAUAUGAUGGAAAUAUGCAGCAAAUCGGGCAAUAUCCACGAGUUGUUUCGGAUUGAUGACCUUUCAUCAGAACUCGUACAUGUCAUCACCAGGUUACAACAGUGUUCUGCUCUUGUGAACUGUUUGUAACCCAUUCAUAUGUACAGACUGUACACGAGUCAGACGUUCAUAAACUGGGAUGGACUUGUGAUUCCAAGGUAUUGUUAUCUGUAUGUGUAAAUAUAUUGCAAGAAUAAAGUGUUUUCGUAUUGACUAA